CCACAGCCUUUUACUCGGAGAGGAUGCUGAGGUUUAAUAGCGAGAGCGCGCGCUUCAAGACUGUUUGCUUCACCGCCGAGUGUGUAUGGGUCGCUUAGCUGAGAGGGCAGUAUGAGCGCGGAGCCGGACGCUUUAGCCGUUGUGAAUCAGCUGAGGGAGCUGGCGGCGGAUCCGCUGAACCGGCGGGCGAUAGCGGAGGACCAGGGCUGUCUGCCCGGUCUCAUUUUAUUCUUGGAUAACUCCAACCCACAGGUGGUCUAUACAGCUCUGCAGGCUCUGCGGUACCUGGCUGAGUGUCGGGCUAACAGAGAGAAGAUGAGGGGGGAGUUUGGGAUGCUGCUGAGUCUACAGAACGUAGUAGAGAAGACAGCAACGCUGGGGGAGACGCGGCUGCUAGCAUCUGAGGUGUAUGAGCUGUUGAGGAACGUAGGAGCAGAUGGAGGAGAGGAAGAGAGAGAUGGAGAAAAGGAUGAAGAGAUGGCCUCCUGCAGGCGCAAAGCCCAGUUUUUCCUCGGCUCGUCCAACAAACGUGCUAAAACUGUCAUACUGCACAUUGAUGGCCUUGAUGAUUCGGAGCGCAGGUCCCUCUGUGAGGAUGCUCUACUGAGGAUUCGAGGUGUGAUCAGCUUCACUUUUCAGAUGGCAGUGAAGAGAUGCAUUGUCAGGAUCAGAUCUGACCUAACUGCUGAGACUCUGGCCAGUGCAAUUGCCUCAACUCAGGUGCUAAAGGCUCAGCAGGUGGUGAAAGGAGAGAACGGCGAUGAGGUCCUGAUUCCAUUCCAUGAGGAAGGGGAGGGUGAAGAGAGUGUGUCGGUGUGCAUGAACCUGCCAGAGUAUCUGUCUGAGGAUGACAGUCCGAGUGUUGAGAAGGAGAAGGUUCUGAGCCGGGUUGGUUCUGCCAGUGAGGGCAGCGGCUGGCUUGCCUCUGCCGCAAACUUCCUCUCUAGAUCAUUCUAUUGGUGAUCACUUCCUGUGCUGAACACUCCUGGGAUCGCUAUAGUCUGGUCAGAACUUUCUAUUGGUGACCAGUUCAUGCUCUCAACAUUCCAAUGAUGACUCUUUGCUGUCCAGAUGUGCUGCAGGGAUCAGGGGCAGUUUACUGUUGCAGAGAGAACUCAGAACACACACACACACGUAUACUUGUGAAAGUAUUCAAACUUUGAAGCUUUGAAGUUUCAUUUUUGUUGAAAAAAAGCUACAGACAAGUAACUAAUUUUAGCUUGUAGACAAAUUGUAAGAGCAUGUGAGUUCAUAUCAAAAAAACUGAUUAGAAAAAUAUGUGAGGCAGGAGAAAAUGUUGAUAAUUUUCAAGGGGUUUGAAUAGUUCAGCAAAGCACUGUAUAUGUGCAGGGCCUUUGUCACAGAAUCUUUCCAGUCAUGUGAAUUGGUCUGUGUUAAAAUGUACAUUUCAAAUUACACUCUUAACGUCUUAAUGACCCUAGUGCAAAUAAUGAGCACAUGAUACCACUUUUUAUAGGAAUCCCUCAGAUGCUGUACACAGGAUAAUCUUAGUCCUUUGUUACAACUGCAGUGAGAAUAGGAUCUCUCUGGAUUUGUAAUAGGUUUAAAUUUAUUUAAUGGGCCUUUUAGGUAGACAGCGUGGAUCAGCAGGGAGUGUGGGAUUUAUACAUAACAGGCGGUAAGAUUUUAAAAGUGGAACCAGUUAACAGGAGAGUUGUUGAGAGCCUUAAUUCGACCACUUAAAGUUAAUUGGUCUCAAUGCCUAGUGAGCUACAUAGGCAGCUAGGCAGCGUGGAAUUGAAAUGAAAGCUUAUUGAGUGAGAAAGUAAUUGUAUCACUUAUUUCUUCUUCCUCCUGCAAGCUUUUGGUGUUUAUGCACCUCAGGCAUUUGCAUUGUUGCAGCAUUUUCUGUUUUUAAAUACUGCUAGCUAAGUAGCUAGGUAGCUCCUUAAGAACACACUCACUCUCCUGAGAUGAACUACAAUUCCAGCCAUGUUAUUUAAUGCCUUUCGGCAGCUCAUUAGGUUCAGUUGUAAAGUGGCAGGGCUCUUGAAUAUUGGCCUGCCAGAACUCAUGUAUAGCUUCCUUAUCCUUUACAGCAACCUGCAGAAGUUUUUUCCCCAUUUAUCUUGACUUGAACUCUGGUGGGCACCCAGCCAGGAGGGCUCAGACAGACAAUCAGGAGAACAACAAGAUAGACUAUGUUCACCAUGACUCAGCAGCUUAAACGCAGCUCCCAGGAGUGGCUUAGGCACCUUUCUCUAAGACACUGUUUCAGUAGUAGUAGUAAUGGGUUCUCUGAUGCUUCCCAGAAACUGUCAUGCUAUGCUGAUGCACACAGCAUGCCCCAACCACAGCAUUAUCGCCUUUUGUGUUGCUUUAUCUUGAAGCUCUUAACAGGGACAGUUGCCAGGCUCGAUGGGGGCUUGUGCUGACUAUACUUGGUGAAGUAGGGCUCCAUUUUCAUUGUCGUUUUCUGUGAGCUUGCAUUGACUAGCACGCAACGUAGCAACACAUUGCUUUGCACUGGACUAGGCUUAUCCUGAGUCUCUUUGGCUUCCUCGAUGUGGCCUUACUGCCAGUGCCCCUGGGAUAGCAAGGGUGGAAAGUACCACCCUGAUUGCUUUUGUUGCUGGCUUGGGUGUCCUGUGAGCGCUAGCUCCAUCAAGAAUUGCUUAGAAUCAUGUUUGGUUACCAGGCUUACCUGCGUCCCUUCUUUGAGGGUCGGUCAAGGCAGGCAGGAUAGGCACUUGGAUCUCUAAUUGUUAGCCUUCUUGUUACUGUUUUAAGAGUACUUCCAGUUGCUCCAUCCCACUUGUGACACCAGUGUAGCGAGCUAGUAGUAGUGGGAAAAGAAUCCAGAGGACCAAAGCUCAACUGAGACAUUAGCUUUUCUCUAACUCAUCAGUCUUACCAGACCCAUUUUAACAACAAUCAUGGGGAAUCCUUUAAAGGAGCAAAUUAUACGAUUUGUAUUUCAAAACAUUCCAAAAUUAUCAGCAGAAUGUGAUGAAAUAACAGUUCUGAUAUUGUCUAAGACGUCUAUGUAUCGUGUUGCUGAGAUAUCUACUGAAGUUAGCAUGCUAACCAGCUGGGCUGGCCUGUCCUUUUUCAGAAUACCACUUUGUACCUCAAGAGGUGACAGUGAGUCACUGUAGCAUCGAGUCUGCCAUCAGUCCAACAUAAGAGGAUGGAGAAGUAUUUAAGAAUUGAGAUUGAGAUCGCAUUUGAUGGUUUAAAAUGCUGCUGCACCACUCACAGGGUUUUGAGGUAUGGUCUCUCUUUUAAUCACUUUUUAAUCACAUCCUCAGACCACAUUUUUAUUUUGUAAUUGCAGUUUAAAUUAGUGCGAUAGGAAAUUUAACCUAAUAACACUUGGCCUGUUAGACCAAUCAGAAAAAUACACCCAUGUUCUGUAUAUGUGACAUCACAACCAGCACAACUAAAUGUUAGUCUGGCGCACUCGGAUUUCAAGCUUUGUUUACUUACACCAACUUUGACCUGCGCACGAGUAGUGUGUAGUAGUGUGUCUAGUAGUGUGUUGCAUGUCCUUUGGCCUUUAGAAAAGCCUGAAUUUGUCUUGACAUUGCAAUUUUUGUGUGUGGAAGGGGGUUAACUCAAUAAACUGGGAAAACAGUAUAAAUUUGACUGUCGAUAAUACACACUUGCACACUGUUUGUUGCCAAAUCACCACAAUAACCACGUCCUACACACCCCUCAAAGGGAUUUUUUUCAUUUUGUAUCUGUAAAAACUUUCCAGCACUCAAUUUAGUCAGAAAAACAAGUUCUCAAUAUCUUUCAAAUUUCCUGUUGAUUUUUCCAGUUUUUCUAUCCUUCUCACAAUGUCUAUCAUGUGUUUAGAUAUUAAAAUAUUCCUGCAUUGUAUUUGUUAUGUAAAACGUCUGCCACUAAAGCAUAACAGCUGCUCACAGACACACAACAUACUUUUUAAAAGUUGUGGUAUGUAUGUGUUAUUUAUACACUUUAUUUAUGGGCAUUAAAAUUUAGUAAUGGUAUUGUGAUUACAGUUUUGGUGAAUGUGUUGUGUCUAGUCAUCUUUUAUCUAAGGCAUGCCUCAGUGCCUCUGUGGGGACAGUGAGCACCUCAAAUCCAUCAAUUACAGGGCUUGUUUUGUAAUGUUCAAUCAUUAAGCAGUACUGUGCAAAAGUCUUGUAAGGCCAAGAAAAUUGCUUAAAAAUGAUUAUCUCAGUGGUAAGUGUACAAACUACAUUCCAAAAAAGUUGGGACAGUAUGUGAAAUGCAUAUAAAAACAGAAAGCAGUGAAUUUUGUUUGAAAUGUAUUAAAUGGACAGUGGUACAAAAACAGAAUAUUAGAUGUUGUACUUUAUGAACUUUUAUUUUUAGUGAUUUUGUGAAUAUAUGUUCAUUCAGAAUUUGAUGCAUGCAACACAUUCCAAAAGAGUUGGAACAGGACUAAUCCAGUUUUGAAAGUGUAUUUUUUUUUGGGAGGUCUUCAGCCGUACGUAUUUUGAGCUUAUUAAGAGCUUAAUAAGAUUUCAGUGGGAGAAAGGAUGGACUGCAGGCAGGCCAGUCUAGCACCCACACUGUCUGAUUGCCCAGCCUUGGCCCACCCCGCCAUGACUAAAGCUGGGUUUUGAAAUCUACAGUGGUAAUGAUCUCUGCUUUUCUUUUUUGACCCAGAGACCACAACAACCUUUUUUUCCAUAAAGAAUUUGAAAGGUCAACACAUCAGACCACAAAACAAGUUUCCACAGUUCAUCAGUCUGUUUCAGAUGAA